UCGGACCACCGCAAUUACCCGGUUCGUUCUCAUCCCAGCGGCCCAUACACCAAUUGAAAAACCCUAGCUUUUGCGCCUUCCUUUCAUCCGCUCGCCACUUCUGCUGCUGCUUCUGCUGCUCACUGUUCUGCACCGUCAUGGCGUCGGAGAGGAAGCAGUCCAACCCGAUGAGGGAGAUCAAAGUCCAGAAGCUGGUCCUCAACAUCUCCGUCGGCGAGAGUGGCGAUCGCCUCACACGCGCCGCCAAGGUCUUGGAGCAACUCAGUAGCCAGAGUCCUGUCUUUUCCAAAGCGAGAUACACUGUGAGGUCAUUCGGGAUCAGGCGUAAUGAGAAGAUUGCUUGCUACGUCACGGUGAGGGGAGAGAAGGCGAUGCAGCUCCUCGAGAGUGGUCUGAAGGUGAAGGAAUAUGAGCUCUUGAGGAGGAACUUCAGUGACACUGGCUGUUUCGGGUUCGGCAUUCAGGAGCACAUCGAUCUUGGAAUCAAGUAUGACCCUUCAACCGGUAUUUAUGGGAUGGACUUCUAUGUGGUCUUGGAGCGCCCUGGAUAUCGUGUUGGUCGUAGGAGGAGAUGCAAAUCUCGUGUUGGAAUUCAGCACAGGGUUACAAAAGAGGAUGCAAUGAAAUGGUUCCAAGUUAAGUAUGAAGGUGUGAUCCUUAACAAGUCUCAAAACAUCACAGGCUAGGGUUCCCAUAUGUUGAAGGAUUUGCCAGAGUAUUUUAACUGUUUCGUACCUGGUAAUACUUUUGUAUUGGAAGCUAUAUAUCCUCUGUAGGGUUGUUUGAGAUGGAGUCUAGGAGGAGGUUCUGGUAAUUUACUGUUUGACUCUCAUGUAGACUACCUUUUGGUUUUUUCAUAUGCUUAGCAAAUGGUGUGGGUCA